AUGGCGUUCCCCUGGAGAGUUGUCGCUGCUAUAUCUCUUAUUUCAACUUACUUUAUUACAUCUCGUCGGCCACCGUGGAGUAUAUUACAAUUCAUUAACACUUUCGUCGCUACAUGGAUUUUACAGUCUUUCUUGGUGGGUAUUUGGAAUAUAUUCCUGUACCCUUUUUACUUUUCCCCGCUACGCCACCUUCCAGGACCGACAGGCGGCUCUUGGAUCAACGGGCACUUUAAAGACAUAAGAGAAAAGCCAACGGGUAUACCUAUGAGAGAGUGGGCUACCAAUAUUCCAAACGAUGGUAUCAUCCGGUAUCGUUUCCUUUUCAAUUCAGAACGUCUCCUCGUGACAGGGCCAAAGGCCCUAGCAGACCUCUUAGUAGCGCGAAGCUAUGAUUUCCAGAAGCCAUCCAAUGUUCGAUUUGGACUCAGUCGUCUUCUAGGCGUAGGUAUACUUCUGGCAGAGGGCGACGAGCACAAGUUUCAACGUAGAAACCUCCUGCCGGCCUUUGCAUUCCGGCACGUCAAGGAGCUUUACCCAAGCUUCUGGAAAAAGGGUCGGGAAUGUGUUCAGGCUAUGACAAACAGCAUUAUCGCUGAUGCGCAGAAAGAGACGUCUAUAGCAGACCCCGAGAAGGCUAAAAAGACAGGAGUCUUAGACGUUAGUGUUUGGGGAUCUCGCGUGACCCUAGACAUUAUUGGAGCUUCAGGACUCGGAAGAGACUUUGGUGCAAUCCAGGAUCCAGAAAACGAACUCAAUCAGACGUAUCGAAGUGUGUUCAAGGUUUCCAGACAAGGUCAAAUUCUCUCUCUUCUAGCACUAUUCAUUCCAGAAUGGGUAUUGUCUAAGCUUCCUAUCCAACGCAACACCAAUGUAUACGCAGCAUCAAGAAAAAUCAGAAGUAUAUGUCGGGAUUUAAUUCGAGAGAAAAAGGAGAAGUUAGUACGUAACGAGCUCAAGGAACGCGACAUACUUUCUGUUGCCUUGGAGUCUGGUGGUUUUACGGAAGAGAAUCUUGUCGACCAGUUGAUGACUUUCCUAGCCGCUGGCCACGAAACUACAGCCACUGCGAUGACGUGGGGUAUAUACAUGCUUUCUAAAUAUCCGGAUAUCCAAAAGCGGCUCCGUGCUGAAAUCCGCGAGAAACUACCGCCGAUCGACUCGGACCGAGAAGUCACCAGUCUCGAUAUCGACCACAUGCCUUACCUAAACGCCGUCUGCAACGAAGUCUUGCGCUACUACUCUCCGGUACCGCUUACGAUUCGCGAGGCCGCCGUAGACACUGUGCUUGCAGGGCAAAAAGUGCCUAAGGGAACUAUGAUUGUUAUAUCACCGUGGGCAACUAACUUCGAUAAAAGCAUGUGGGGACCCGAUGCGCAUGAGUUCAACCCGGAGCGGUGGGUGCCAAAGGGUCCCGAUGACAAGAGAGCUGCCAGUGGUGGUGCUACGAGCAAUUAUGCUUUCCUGUCGUUCCUCCACGGGCCUAGGAGCUGCAUCGGUCUCUCCUUCGCAAAGGCUGAGUUCGCUUGCCUGUUGGCGUCUUGGGUCGGUCGUUUUGAGUUCUCGCUGAAGAAUAAGGAAGAAGAGGACGAGAGGAAUGUAGAAAUCAGAGGCGGCAUCACUGCUAGGCCGGUUAAAGGGAUGCAAGUCUAUGCUACGAUUUUGGAUGGAUGGUGA